GCAAGAACUAGAGGCAACCAACCUCGUCGGCCCACGUUUCUUUCAUCCCGCGGCGUCCAAUCAGAAGUUACUGAAGCAGGCACCCGGAAUUUGACGCGUCGAUCGAUGAGUUGAUGGCUAAAGUGGUACCGGUAUGUGUCGAAAUCGGAGAGGGGGGGCACGGGCAUGCACAUACCGGAACAUGAUCCUGUGCGUAGGAGAUGGUGAAGGGAGGCAUGAUGCCCGACUCCCCUAAUAGCCCCCUUGAAGCCUCUAUUACAGUCAGUCAGUCAGUCUCCCACAAACAACCAGCGCUAGGUCUGUUUGUGGCUCUGUAUCACCUUGGAGCAUCGAAGCCUUGCAUCAUCGUCUAUCUCCGUGUGUCCUUGGCAUUUCAGGUUUAAUAUACAUAUUCGGCAUUUCCCUUUUGUUGCCUAUCACUUGCACACCGUCCCCCUUUGGCUUAUCCACACCAACUUCACGACUACCGUUACAUUUAUAGAAACGCCCAGGACUUGGAUCUUGUUUUCUGCGCAAGAAGCUACGCCUUGCCAAGCCAUACUACCUCCCAAGCUACCUUGCCUGUCUACCUUAUUUACUUAGCUGGUGGCCAAGUCUGCCCCAGAAUAUAUCCUGCGCACGCUACCGUACCGCAUUGCACAACUUCAAGCGUCUUCUGUUCCCCACCGGCCCUACUCGCAGUAGUCAAGUCUCACUCGGCCUGAAUCAAGAUUAUCGGCCCUGACAGCGCACCAUGUCAAGUGGGCGCAGGCACUCUGUCUCGGGUGAUCAAUAUUCACACAGGGGCAGAUACGACUAUGACAAGGAUAAUGAUAGCGCAUAUGCCUCAAGAGAGGAGGAUGACGACUACAACCCGUAUGGCCGAAGGAGGCGUGAAUCAAGCCGCCGGGAGCCCAUGAGCAGUGGACGCCGUUAUUCACCAGAUCGACAAGGGCACCGACGUAGUCAAAGAGGAAGAAGCCAGCACGUCGACGACUACAAUCCGAGAGACAAGUACUACCUCUCUGACGAGGAGGACAUUGGCUUCAGAUCACAGUCUGCACAGCCGCAAAGAACACCAUGGGAAGAGUCUCCGAGGCGGCGAAGCAGGGGCGACGAGGACGACUACUUUAGCCGACGACGGCAAUCAACAGCGGGGGGCGGCAGGGAUCACUCGUCACACCGGCACGACAGGUCCGGGUCUAAUAGGCCGAAUCGCCGUGGGUCGCGUGAUUACGAUGCAGAGUACGACGGCCACGAAUCAGACCGAAGGGGAAGCCGACGCGAUGCUCCUCCAAUGCUUCGCCGGCAGUCCAGCUCGGCUCCUCCGCCCGCUAGCCGAUCUACCUACCCACCAUCUUCUGGAGGCAGGCGGGAGCGGUCCAAAUACCCGCCGAGCACCACUGAAACGCGAAACUAUCCUCGCGGCCGGCACCGAAGCAGCAGCAAUCGUGGAGAGGAUGAGCGCGGGCGUCGAAGCAGAAGCAAUCACGAGAGCACGGCCGGCGGGCGCAGCAAGAGCAGAAGCAAGAAAGAAAGCCCCUUUGCGGAUGUGCCAUGGUCACAGGCCGCCCGCUGCGCUCUGGAAGCGGGCACUAUGGCUGCCCUCCGAAGCUAUGACUCCCCAGGUAACUGGAUCGGGACUAAGGGCGCCCAGAUCGCCACGGCUGCCGUGGGCGCCGCGCUCAUCGACGGGGUCAUUGCCAACAAGAAGCCCAAUCUCAGGGGCGGCAAGAGACAUGCAGUCCUCCGGCAGGUGACAAACACUGCACUGGGCAAUCUGAUCAUGAAUCCGGCCGGCUCGGCGAUAGAGAAGAGGGAGCCUGUGAACAAGACAAAGCAUGCCAUUCACAACCGCAUGCACCGUGGUGGUGGUGGUGGCCGUCGUCGCUGAAGUAGAGGCGCUGUGUCUGGCGCUGACAUACGAUGGAGAUUUCAAUUAAUCUACCCCAAAUAAUAUUUCUAUCAAAGAUUCAUGACGAUAUUUUGAGCUGGUAUCGAAACUCGGGGGGUAAAGUUGUUUAAUUAGAUCAAGAAUAUUGGUCUCACUCGAGCCAGGACAAAGUCUAGAUUUUCUCGGGACACUUCAGCAUCUUGUGUCUCGUAUAAGUGUUGAGAACUUCUUGUAAUUUAGUACCUUAUCUAACUCUGUAUUCUUUGACAAUGACGGAAUUUUUUUUUUAGAAAAAAAGAAAAAGAAAAGAAAAUAAAACGAAGAAGAAGAAGAAAAUCAACCUUCGGUUACGCCAAGGCUUUUGUUCGUGCACCCCGUCCAACG